AUGGCAAACCUCCUCAUAACAGGCGCAACAGGCAAACAAGGCGGCUCCGUAAUCCGCAACCUCAUCGCCAAAAACGCUCCCUUCAACAUCUUCGCCGUCACCCGGAAUGCCAACUCGCCUUCAGCCCAGAAACUCGCGCAGAGUUCACCAAAGAUUAAGCUCGUCGAGGGGAAUCUGGAUGAGCCAGCGACUAUUUUUAAAAAUGUGAAGAAAUUGACAGAGGAUCCGGUUUGGGGGGUUUUUAGUGUGCAGACUGCACUCCCCGCCUCGAACAAUGAGAAACGUCAAGGCAUCGCUCUCAUCGACGAGUCUAUCAAGCAGAAUGUCAAAUUCUUCGUGUACAGCUCCGUCGACCGCCACGGCGACGACUCCAUCAACAACCCAACCAAAAUCCCACACUUUAUCACCAAACACGAGAUAGAAAAGCACCUUCUCGAGACCGUAAAAGGCACAUCCAUGGACUGGACCAUCCUCCGCCCAACCGCCUUCUUCGAGAACUUCACGCCCGAUUUCUUCGGCAAAGUCUUCACGACAGCAUGGCAGAUGACGCUCAAGGGCAAGCCGCUUCAGCUCGUCGCGACCAGCGACAUUGGGUUCUUCGCUGCGGAUGCAUUCCUCCAUCCGGAGGAGAAUAAAGGAAAGGCGAUUUCCCUCGCCGGCGAUGAGAUUACCCUCGAGCAGAUGGCGCGCGUGUACAAGGCCAAGACGGGCAAGAAUCUACCCACUACAUUCCGACUACCGGUUUGGUUGAUGAUGGCGGGCGUGAAGGAGCUUGGGGUGAUGUUCAAGUGGUUCCAUGAUGAAGGGUAUGAUGCGAAUAUUGAGGAGUUGAGGAGGAGGAAUCCGGAGUUGAAGGAUUUUGGGACGUGGUUGGAGAAGGAGAGCCAGUUUGAGACUCGUUGAUGCUUGGCUUGGGUAUUGUUUGAGAUGAUGUGUGCUCUGUGUUGUAUUCUAUGCUUUCCUGUCUAAUGGUAAUUGUUAAUUAUUCUGCCUAAUCGAAUGUAUAACGAGUCUAGAUGCAGGUGCAUGAACGCCUGAUAUCGAGUACGUACUUUUGCGGGCAUGAGGUGUUUCGUGGCGAUGUGGUGGUGAGACAAGGAUCAUUGUACCACCGGUUAUUUAUAGACGGGAUUGUAAGGAUGAAUCAAUGCGAUUCGAUAUAUGCAUGCAUCCCUGUAGCCUGACUGAAUAAUAAUGUCGAGCAUAAGGGAGGAAUUACACAUCAGGCUGAAUAAACUACAGUGCUCUUAUUUAACCUUAAUUAUCAUACUAUUUCUCAGACAGUGU